AUGCCCACCCAAUGUUCCCUAACCUCCAACCUGGCCCUUCUGAUGCUGCUGGGCACUGUCACAGCAGGCCCUUUCUCUCCACGGUCCAACGUGACACUCCCAGCCCCACGGCCCCCUCCCCAGCCGGGGGGCCGUACAGUGCAGCCAGAAGGGGGAGGCCCUUCUUCUCGGCUCUACGAGCACACUGUGGAAGGAGGGGAGAAGCAGGUGGUGUUCACCCACCGCAUUAACCUGCCCCCUUCAGCUGGCUGUGGCUGUCCCCCAGGCGCGGAGCCCCCUGUCCCUGCUUCAGAGGUGCAGGCCUUGAGGGUCCGACUGGAGAUCCUGGAGGAGCUGGUGAAGGGGCUCAAGGAACAGUGCACUGGGGGGUGUUGUCCUCCAGCUGCCCAGGCUGGCACAGGCCAGACCGACAUUCGAAGCCUCUGCAGUCUCCAUGGUGUGUUUGACCUGAGCCGCUGUGCCUGCUCCUGCGAGCCAGGCUGGGGUGGGCCCACCUGCUCGGACCCCGCAAGUGCCGAGGGACCCCCCUCCUCGCCACCCUCCGCCCCCGGUUCCUGCCCGGACGACUGCAAUGAUCAGGGUCGCUGCGUCCGUGGUCGCUGCUUGUGCUUCCCUGGCUACACCGGGCCCAGUUGUAGCUGGCCCUCCUGCCCCGGGGACUGCCACGGCCGCGGACGCUGCGUGCAGGGCGUGUGCGUGUGCCGCGCGGGCUUCUCCGGGGAUGACUGCAGUGUGCGCUCCUGCCCUCGCGGCUGCAGCCAGAGGGGACGCUGCGAGGACGGGCGCUGCGUGUGCAAUCCAGGCUACAGUGGCGAGGACUGUGGGGUGAGGAGCUGCCCCCGAGACUGCAGCCAGAGAGGACGCUGCGAGAAUGGGCGCUGCGUGUGCAACCCCGGUUACACUGGCGACGACUGUGGGGUAAGGAGCUGUCCCCGAGGCUGCAGCCAGAAGGGGCGCUGCGAGGACGGGCGCUGCGUCUGUGACCCGGGCUACGCUGGCGACGACUGCGGCUCGCGGACCUGCCCGUGGGACUGUGGAGAGGGCGGACGCUGUGUGGACGGCCGCUGCGUGUGCUGGCCCGGGUACGCGGGCGAGGACUGCAGCACGCGGACCUGUCCCCGCGACUGUCGGGGCCGAGGGCGUUGCGAGGAUGGCGAAUGCAUCUGCGACCCGGGCUACAGCGGGGACGACUGCGGCGUGCGCAGCUGCCCAGGCGACUGCAACCAAAGGGGCCGCUGCGAGGACGGCCGCUGCGUAUGCUGGCCUGGGUACUCGGGGCCCGACUGCGGAGCGCGUGCCUGCCCGCGCGACUGUCGGGGCCGCGGGCGCUGCGAGAACGGCGUAUGCGUGUGCCACGCGGGCUACAGUGGCGAGGACUGCGGCGUGCGCAGCUGUCCCGGGGACUGUCGCGGCCGGGGUCGUUGCGAGAGUGGCCGCUGCGUGUGUUGGCCCGGGUACACAGGCCGGGACUGCGGUACGCGCGCCUGCCCUGGCGACUGUCGCGGGCGCGGGCGCUGCGUAGACGGCCGCUGCGUGUGCAACCCGGGCUUCGCAGGAGAGGACUGCGGGAACCGUCGGUGUCCCGGGGACUGUCGCGGUCGCGGCCGCUGCGAAGAUGGCGUGUGCUCGUGCGACGUGGGCUACGAGGGCGAAGACUGCGGCACGCGCAGCUGCCCCAGGGGUUGCCAAGGCCGCGGCCAAUGCCUGGAGGGGCGCUGCGUGUGCGACGACGGCUACGAGGGUGAGGACUGCGGCGUAAGACGGUGCCCGCGCGACUGCAACCAGCGCGGCGUGUGCCAGGACGGUGUGUGCACCUGUUGGGAGGGCUUCGCGGGCGAGGACUGUGGCCUCCGUGUCUGCCCCUCCAACUGUAACCGGCGCGGUCGCUGCGAGAACGGGCGCUGCGUGUGCGACUCAGGCUACACAGGCCCCUCCUGCGCCACUCGCACCUGCCCGGCCGACUGCCGGGGCCAUGGUCGCUGUGUGCAGGGCAUGUGCGUGUGCCACCUGGGCUACAGCGGCGAGGACUGUGGGCAGGAAGAGCCUCCUGCCAGCGCCUGCCCCGGGGGCUGCGGGCCGCGGGAACUGUGCCGCGCAGGCCAGUGCGUCUGCGUCGAGGGCUUCCGGGGCCCCGACUGCGCCAUCCAGACGUGCCCCGGGGACUGCCGUGGCCGGGGAGAGUGUCGUGAGGGCAGCUGCGUCUGCCAAGACGGCUAUGCAGGGGAGGACUGCGGGGAAGAGGUGCCGGCCAUUGAGGGCAUGAGGAUGCACCUGCUGGAGGAGACGACGGUUCGGACAGAGUGGACCCGGGCUCCCGGCAAUGUGGAUGCCUACGAAAUCCAGUUCAUCCCAACGACAGAGGGGGCGAGCCCCCCAUUCACAGCACGGGUGCCCAGCUCUGCCUCAGCCUAUGACCAGAGAGGAUUAGCCCCUGGUCAGGAGUACCAGGUCACUGUCCGUGCCCUUCGAGGGACUAGCUGGGGCCCUCCUGCCUCCAAGACCAUCACCACCAUGAUUGACGGUCCCCAGGACCUCCGCGUGGUGGCUGUGACACCAACCACCCUGGAGCUCAACUGGCUGCGCCCCCAGGCUGAAGUGGACCGGUUUGUGGUGUCCUACGUCAGUGCUGGCAACCAGAGGGUGCGGCUGGAAGUGCCCUCUGAGGCAGACGGGACGCUGCUGACCGGCCUGAUGCCAGGUGUAGAAUACGUGGUGACCGUCACUGCUGAGCGGGGCCGGGCAGUAAGCUACCCAGCUUCCAUCAGAGCCAACACAGCACCAGGCCACUACAGUUACCCGGAGGCGCACCCCCCAGCCCCGCCCCCCAAGCCCCGGCCCCGGCCGGCCCCAGCCCCGCGGCCCCCGCGGCCCGCGCGCCCGGCGCCGCCUCCUCGGCCCUCGAGGCCUGCGGAGCAGGGGGAGGCGGAGUCUCCGCCGCGGCCGAGCCCGCCCCAGCCCCCUAGGCGGGCGUGGGGCAACCUGACGGCCGAGCUGGGCCGCUUCCGCGGCACGGUGCAGGACCUGGAGCGUCACCUGCGGGCUCAAGGCUACCCACUGCGAGCCAACCAGACCUACACGUCGGUGGCGCACCACAUCCACGAAUACUUGCAGCGGCGUCGCUCCCCUGCACCCCCGCCCGGUCGCCCCCACCCCACCGCCAGCCCCGACUCGGGCACCUGGAAGCGGGACUCCAACCAGGGCAUCUACGGCCUCUCCCCCGAAGGCGUCGACCGGGUGGCGGCGCCCCGCCACCCCAAGCCCGAGGUGCUGGGCACUUCCGCCGACGGCGCGCUCCUCGUGUCGCUCGACGGGCUCCGCGGCCACUUCGAACGCGUGGUGCUGCGCUGGCGGCCGCAGCCGCCCGCGGAGGGGCCCGCUGGGGAGCUGACCGUGCCGGGCACCGGGCGCACCGUCAGUCUGCCCGAUCUCAAGCCCGGCACCACCUACCACGUGGAGGUCCACGGGGUGCGGGCAGGGCAGACCUCCAAGUCCUACGCCUUCAUCACCACCACAGGGUCCUCCCCCUCAGGCCUCUUGGGGGCCACUGAUGAGCCUCCUCCCUCAGGCCCUUCAACGACUCAAGGGGUUCAGGCCCCGGUCCUGCAGCAGCGCCCCCAGGAGCUGGCCGAGUUGAGGGUGCUGGGCAAAGACAAGACAGGGCGCCUCCGAGUGGCCUGGACCGCCCAGCCUGACACCUUUACCCACUUCCAGCUGCACCUACGGGUGCCCGAAGGGCCAGGGGCCCAUGAGGAGCUGCUGCCAGGGGAUGUCCGUCAGGCUCUGGUGCCCUCACCCCCUGCUGAAUCCCCCUAUGAGCUGUCACUUCGUGGGAUCCCUCCCAGCGGCGAGCCCUCUGCCCCUCUCAUCUACCAAGGCAUUAUGGACAAGGAUGGGGAGAAACCUGGGAAGCCCUUGGCCCCACCUCGCCUGGGCAAGCUGACAGUGACGGACGUGACCUCCGACUCCCUGCUUCUGCACUGGACAGUCCCUGAGGGCGAGUUCGAUUCCUUCGUGAUCCAGUACAAAGACAGGGACAGGCCCCAGGUGGUGCCUAUAGAGGGGCCCCAGCGCACAGCCCUCAUCUCCAACCUGGACGUCGGCCGCAAGUACAAAUUUGUCCUGUACGGGCUCGUGGGCAAGAAGAGGCACGGCCCCCUGGUGGCUGAAGCCAAGAUCUUGCCUCAGACUGAUCCCAGCCCUGUGACUCCGCCCCGCCUGGGGAAGCUGUGGGUGACUGAUCCCACCCCAGACUCACUGCACCUCUCCUGGACUGUCCCUGAGGGCCAGUUUGACUCCUUCGUGGUCCAGUACAGGGACAAGGACGGACGGCCCCAGGUGGUGCCCGUGGAAGGGCCCGAGCGCUCGGUCAUUAUCUCCCCGCUGGACCCUGACCACAAGUACAGAUUCACUCUGUUUGGGAUUGCCAACAAGAAACGGCACGGCCCCCUCACGGCCGAUGGCACCACCGCCCCAGAGAAGAAAGAGGAGCCCCGCCAUGCAGAGCCCCCAGAGCAGCCCCUGCUGGGGGAGCUGACAGUGACUGGCACCACUGCAGACUCCCUGCGCCUCUCCUGGACAGUGGCCCAGGGCUCUUUCGACUCCUUCGUGGUCCAGUACAAGGAUGCCCAGGGGCGGCCCCAAGCAGUACCCAUCAGGGGUGAUGAGAAUGAGGUCUCCAUCCGCCGCCUGGAGCCCAAUCGGAAGUAUAAGAUGAACCUCUAUGGGCUUCAUGGCAGGCAGCGCGUGGGGCCUGUGUCCGUGGUGGCCACCACAGUCCCUCAGGAAGUCCUGGAUGAGACCCCCAGUGCCACAGAGAUGGAGGAGACCCCCAGCCCCACAGAACCCAGCACAGAGGCCCCGGAGCCACCCAAGAAGCCCCUCCUGGGGGAGCUGACGGUGACAGAAUCCUCCCUGGACUCGCUGAGCCUCUCCUGGACUGUCCCCCAGGGCCACUUUGACUCCUUCACCGUCCAGUACAGAGACGGGGACGGGCAACCCAGGGUGAUGAGGGUGCCAGGGGAUGAGGAUGGGGUCACCAUCUCGGGCCUGGAGCCAGACCACAAGUACAAGAUGAACCUAUAUGGCUUCCAUGACCGCCAGCGUGUGGGCCCCGUCUCUGUCAUCGGGGUGACCACUGCAGAGGAAGAGACCCCUAGCCCCACAGAGAUGGAGGAGACCCCCAGCCCCACAGAGAUGGAAGAGACCCCCAGCCCCACAGAACCCAGCACAGAGGCUCCGGAGCCCCCCGAGGAGCCCCUCCUAGGGGAGCUGACAGUGACAGGAUCCUCCCCAGACUCGCUGAGCCUCUCCUGGACCGUCCCCCAAGGCCACUUCGACUCUUUCACCGUCCAGUACAAGGGCAGGGACGGGCCCCAGGUGGUGCGUGUCAGGGGCGAGGAGACCGAGGUGACCGUUGGGGGCCUGGAGCCCGGACACAAGUACAAGAUGAACCUGUACGGCCUGCACGGAGGGCGACGCGUGGGCCCCGUGUCCACCGUGGGCGUGACCGCUCCACAAGCAGAAGAGACUCCUCCGGCCACCGAGCCCCCCAAGGAACCACGCCUCGGGGAGCUGACAGUGACAGAUGUGACCCCCAACUCCGUGGGCCUCACAUGGACAGUCCCUGAGGGUCAGUUUGACUCUUUCGUGGUCCAGUACAAGGACAGGGACGGGCAGCCCCACGUGAUCCCUGUGGCCGCAGACCAGCGAGAGGCCACUGUCUCCGGGCUGGAGCCUGAGCGCAAAUACAGGAUGAACGUGUAUGGGCUACAUGGUGGGCAGCGCGUGGGCCCCCUCUCCGUGGUGGCCCUGACCGCUCCCGUCCCCCCAGCCCCAGUCACAGAGCCUCCCGUGGAGCCACGCCUGGGGGAGCUGACGGUGAUGGAUGUGACCCCGGACUCUGUGGGCCUCUCCUGGACUGUCCCCGAGGGUGGAUUCGACUCCUUCUUGGUCCAGUACAAGGACAGGGACGGGCAGCCCCAGGUGGUGCCUGUGGCCGCCGACCAGCGUGAGGUCACUGUCCCCGGCCUGGAGUCCAGUAGGAAAUACAAAUUCCUGCUCUUUGGGAUCCAAGAUGGGAAACGCCGUGGCCCAGUCUCUGUGGAGGCAAAGACAGUUGGCCGAGGUGACGCCAGCCCAGGAGCCCCACCCCGCCUCGGGGAGCUGUGGGUGACAGACCCCACCCCAGACUCACUGCACCUCUCCUGGACGGUCCCCGAGGGCCACUUCGACUCCUUUGUGGUCCAGUUCAAGGACAGGGAUGGGCCCCGCCUGGUGUCCGUGGAGGGCCAUGAGCGCUCAGUCACCAUCAGCCCUCUGGACUCCGGCCGCAAGUACAGAUUCCUUGUCUACGGCCUCCUGGGCAAGAGGCGCCAUGGCCCCCUCACCGCCGAGGGCACCACAGAGACCCGCAGAGCAGUGGACGAGGCUGGAACAAAGCGUCCCUCCAAACCACGUCUGGGGGAAGAGCUGCAGGUGACCGGUGUGACAUCAGACUCCGUGGGCCUCUCGUGGAUGGUUCCUGAGGGCCACUUCGACUCCUUUGUGAUCCAGUACAGGGACAGAGACGGGCAACCCCAGGUGGUGCCCGUGGAGGGCAGCCGCAGGGAGGUCAGUGUCUCGGGCCUGGACCCUGCCCGCAGGUACAAGCUGCUGCUCUACGGGUUGUCCAGGGACAAGCGAAUGGGUCCCAUCUCUGCCAUCGCUGUGACCGAACCAGCCCCCAGGGAAGAACUCGAAGCUGAGCCUGAAACCUUCAGUCAUGCAUCAUCUGAGCCCCAUCUGGGGGAGGUGACUCUGGAGGAGGCCACCCCACACAGCCUGCAUCUCUCGUGGACAGCAACUGAGGGAGAAUUUGACUCCUUCGAGGUCCAAUACACAGAUGAGGAUGGGCAACGCCAAGAAGUUAAUGUAGGGGGCGACCAGCAUGACAUCACCAUCUCUGACCUGGAAUCCGACCACAGAUACCUGGUGAGCCUGUACGGUUUCCACGACGGGCAACGUGUUGGUCCUGCCCACAUCGAGGCCAUGACAGCCCCAAGAGAGGAGGAUGAUGAACCUUCAGAAUCUCCCUCUACCCCCCAAACCCCGUCCACCGUGGCCCCCGAGCCUCCCAUCAAGCCCCGCCUGGGGGAGCUGGAGGUGACAGAUGCCACGCCUGACUCCCUGAGCCUCUCCUGGACCAUCCCCGAGGGCCAGUUCGACCACUUCCUGAUCCAGUACAAGAACGGGGAUGGGCAGCCCAAGGUGGUGAGGGUCCCUGGGGACGAGGACGAGGUCACCAUCUCGGGCCUGGAGCCAGACCACAAGUACAAGAUGAACCUGUAUGGCUUCCAUGACCGCCAGCGUGUGGGCCCCAUCUCUGUCAUCGGGGUGACCACUGCAGAGGAAGAGACCCCCAGCCCCACAGAGAUGGAGGAGACCCCCAGCCCCACGGAACCCAGCACAGAGGCCCCGGAGCCCCCCGAGGAGCCCCUCCUAGGGGAGCUGACAGUGACAGGAUCCUCCCCAGACUCGCUGAGCCUCUCCUGGACCGUCCCCCAGGGCCACUUCGACUCUUUCACCGUCCAGUACAAGAAUGGGGACGGGCAGCCCAAGGCGGUGAGGGUGCCCGGGGAUGAGGACGAGGUCACCGUCUCAGGCCUGGAGCCAGACCACAAGUACAAGAUGAACCUGUACGGCUUCCACGACCGCCAGCGUGUGGGCCCCGUCUCUGUCAUCGGGGUGACCACUUCAGAGGAAGAGACCCCCAGCCCCACAGAGAUGGAGGAGACCCCCAGCCCCACAGAGAUGGAGGAGACCCCCAGCCCCACAGAACCCAGCACAGAGGCUCCGGAGCCCCCCGAGGAGCCCCUCCUAGGGGAGCUGACAGUGACAGGAUCCUCCCCAGACUCGCUGAGCCUCUCCUGGACCGUCCCCCAGGGCCACUUCGACUCCUUCACCGUCCAGUACAAGGGCAGGGACGGGCCCCAGGUGGUGCGUGUCGGGGGCGAGGAGACCGAGGUGACCGUUGGGGGCCUGGAGCCCGGACGCAAGUACAAGAUGAACCUGUACGGCCUGCACAGGGGGCAGCGCAUGGGCCCCGUGUCCACCGUGGGCGUGACCGCCCCGGAAGAGGAGCCCCCUGCUAGCCCUCCUUUGAAGCCACAGCUGGGGGAGCUGACUGUGACAGAUGCCACUCCCGACUCGCUGAGCCUCUCCUGGAGUGUCCCUGAGGGCCAGUUUGACCACUUCCUAGUCCAAUACAAGAACGGGGACGGGCAGCCCAAGGCGGUAAGGGUGUCCGGGGACGAGGAUCGGGUCACCAUCUCGGGCCUGGAGCCAGACCACAAGUACAAGAUGAACCUGUACGGCUUCCACGACCACCAGCGCGUGGGCCCCAUCUCCACUGUCGGUUUAACUGCCUCAGAAAAAGACCAAGAAAUGACCCCAGCCCCAACAGACCUGCCCAUUGCAGCUCCUGAGCCUCCCAUCAAGCCCCGCCUGGGGGAACUGGCAGUGACAGAUGCCACCCCCGACUCCCUGAGCCUCUCCUGGACCGUCCCUGAGGGCCAGUUCGAUCACUUCUUGAUCCAGUACAAGAAUGGGGAUGGGCAGCCCAAGGCGGUGAGGGUGCCUGGGGACGAGGACGAGGUCACCAUCUCGGGCCUGGAGCCAGACCACAAGUACAAGAUGAACCUGUAUGGCUUCCAUGACCGCCAGCGUGUGGGCCCCGUCUCUGUCAUCGGGGUGACCACUGCAGAGGAAGAGACCCCCAGCCCCACAGAGAUGGAGGAGACCCCAAGCCCCACAGAGAUGGAAGAGACCCCCAGCCCCACGGAACCCAGCACAGAGGCCCCGGAGCCCCCCGAGGAGCCCCUCCUAGGGGAGCUGACAGUGACAGGAUCCUCCCCAGACUGGCUGAGCCUCUCCUGGACCGUCCCCAAGGGCCACUUCGACUCCUUCACCGUCCAGUACAAGAACGGGGACGGGCAGCCUCAGGUGGUGAGGGUGCCAGGGCAUGACAGUGGGGUCACCAUCUCGGGCCUGGAGCCAGACCACAAGUACAAGAUGAACCUGUACGGCUUCCAUGACCGCCAGCGUGUGGGCCCCGUCUCUGUCAUCGGGGUGACCACUUCAGAGGAAGAGACCCCCAGCCCCACAGAGAUGGAGGAGACCCCCAGCCCCACGGAACCCAGCACAGAGGCCCCAGAGCCCCCCGAGGAGCCCCUCCUGGGGGAGCUGACAGUGACAGGAUCCUCCCCAGACUCGCUGAGCCUCUCCUGGACCGUCCCCCAGGGCCACUUCGACUCCUUCACCGUCCAGUACAAGGGCAGGGACGGGCCCCAGGUGGCACGUGUCGGGGGCGAGGAGACUGAGGUGACCGUUGGGGGCCUGGAGCCGGGACGCAAGUACAAGAUGAACCUGUAUGGCCUGCAUGGGGGGCGGCGCGUGGGCCCCGUGUCCACUGUGGGCGUGACCGACCCUCAGGAGGUUGUGGAAGAGACCCCCAGCCCCAUGGAGCCCAGCACAGAGGCCCCAGAACCCCCCGAGGAGCCCCUCCUGGGGGAGCUGACAGUGACAGGAUCCUCCCCGGACUCGCUGAGCCUCUCCUGGACCGUCCCCCAGGGCCACUUCGACUCCUUCACCGUCCAGUACAAGGGUAGGGACGGGCCCCAGGUGGUGCGUGUCGGGGGCAAGGAGACCGAGGUGACCGUUGGGGGCCUGGAGCCCGGACACAAGUACAAGAUGAACCUGUACGGCCUGCACAGGGGGCGGCGUGUGGGCCCCGUGUCCACCGUGAGCGUGACCGCUCUGGACUACGACUCCAUGACCACCCAAACCCCGUCCACCGCGGUCCCCAAGCCUCCCACCAAGCCCCACCUGGGGGAGCUGACUGUGACAGAUGCCACCCCCGACUCCCUGAGCCUCUCCUGGACCAUCCCCGAGGGCCAGUUCGACCACUUCCUGAUCCAGUACAAGAAUGGGGACGGGCAGCCCAAGGCGGUGAGGGUGCCCGGGGACGAGGACGAGGUCACCGUCUCGGGCUUGGAGCCAGACCACAAGUACAAGAUGAACCUGUAUGGCUUCCACGACCGCCAGCGUGUGGGCCCUGUCUCUGUCAUCGGGGUGACCACUGCAGAGGAAGAGACCCCCAGCCCCACAGAGAUGGAGGAGACCCCCAGCCCCACGGAACCCAGCACAGAGGCUCCGGAGCCCCCCGAGGAGCCCCUCCUAGGGGAGCUGACAGUGACAGGAUCCUCCCCGGACUCGCUGAUCCUCUCCUGGACCGUCCCCCAGGGCCACUUCGACUCCUUCACCGUCCAGUACAAGGGCAGGGACGGGCCCCAGGUGGUGCGUGUUGGGGGCGAGGAGACCGAGGUGACCAUUGGGGGCCUGGAGCCCAGACACAAGUACAAGAUGAACCUGUACGGCCUGCAUGGGGGGCGGCGCGUGGGCCCCAUGUCCACCGUGGGCGUGACUGCCUCCCUGACUACAGAGCCCCCCCUGGCACCCCGCCUGGGGGAGCUGGCGGUGGCAGCCGUGACCUCGGACACAGCGCGCCUCUCAUGGACGGUGGAGCAGGGGCCCUUCGAUUCCUUCCUGGUCCAGUACAAGGAUGUGCAGGGGCAGCCCCAGACAGUGCCUGUGGGUGGAGAGCUCCAAGAGGUCACAGUUUCAAGUCUGGCCCCCGGCCGCAAGUACAAGUUCCUGCUGUUCGGACUCCGGGAUGAGAAACGACAUGGCCCAGUCUCUGCAGAUGCAAAGACUCUCCCAGACACAAAACCUGCUCCCCGCCUGGGGGAGCUGACGGUGACGGAUGUGACCCCGGACUCUGUGGGCCUCUCCUGGACCGUCCCUGAGGGUGGAUUCGACUCCUUCGUGGUCCAGUACAAGGACAGGGAUGGGCAGCCCCGCGUCGUGCCUGUGGCCACCGACCAGCGUGAGGUCACCAUCCCCGGCCUGGAGCCCAAUAGGAAAUACAAGUUCCUGCUCUAUGGGCUGGUAGGCAGGAAACGACUAGGCCCCAUCUCCGCUGAAGGCAGCACAGCCCCCCUGGAGAAGGAACGGCAGCCCCUACCCCGCCUGGGGGAGCUGACAGUGACGGAUGAGACCCCAAACUCCCUGCACCUCUCAUGGACGGUGGCCCAGGGCCCCUUUGACUCCUUCGUGGUCCAGUACAGGGGCACAGACGGGCAGCCCCAGAUGGUGCCUGUGGCUGCAGACCAGAGGGAGGUCACCCUAGAGGGCCUGGAGCCUGGCAGGAAAUACAAGUUUCUGCUCUACGGGCUCCUUAGAGGACAGCGCCUGGGCCCCGCCUCUGUCCUGGGAAUGACAGCCCCAGAAGAGGACACACCAGCGCCCUGGCGCCCAGCCACAGAGGCCCCCAAGCUCCCUGAAGGGCCCCGCCUAGGGGUGCUGGUGGUGAGGGACGUGUCCCCGGACUCCCUGCGCCUCUCCUGGAGUGUGGUCCAGGGCCCCUUCGACUCCUUCGUGGUCCAGUAUCAGGACACAGAUGGGCAGCCCCAGGCCUUGCUCGUGGGGGGCGACCAGAACAAGGUCCUCGUGUCCGGCCUGGAGCCCAGCACCUCCUACAAGUUCUUCCUCUAUGGCCUCCAUGAAGGGAAGCGCCUGGGGCCUGUCUCAGCUGACGGCACCACAGGGCCAAUUCCUGCGGGUCAGAGCCCCGGAGAGCCGGGGCCCCGGCUGUCCCACCUGUCGGUGACUGAUGUGACCACGAGUUCACUGCGGCUCAACUGGGAGGCCCCACCCGAGGCCUUUGACUCCUUCCUGCUCCGCUUCGGAGUCCCAUCUCCAAGCACCCUGGAACCGCAGCUACGUCCCCUGCUGCAGCGGGAGCUGACAGUGCCAGGGACACGGCGCUCGGCCGUGCUGCGGGACCUGCAUCCAGGGACCCUGUAUACCCUUACAUUGUACGGGCUGCGCGGGCCCCACAAGGCCGACAGCAUCCAGGGCACAGCCCGGACCCUCAGCCCAGUUCUGGAGAGCCCCCGUGACCUCCAAUUCAGUGAAAUCAGGGAGACCUCAGCCAGGGUCAGCUGGACACCCCCAACGUCCAGGGUGGAUGGCUUCAAAGUUUCCUACCAACUGGCAGAUGGAGGGGAGCCACAGAGUGUGCAGGUGGAUGGCCGGACCCAGAAACUUGAGGGGCUGAUCCCAGGCGCUCAGUACGAGGUGACUGUGGUCUCCGUCCGUGGCUUUGAGGAGAGUGAGCCUCUCACGGGCUUCCUGACCACAGUUCCUGAUGGCCCCACCCAGCUGCGGGCACUGAACCUGACUGAUGAAUCCGCCCUGCUGCACUGGAAGCCCCCCCAGACCCCGGUGGAUACCUAUGACGUCAAGGUCACAGCCCCAGGGGCCCCUUCCCUCCAGGCCUCAGCCCCUGGCAGCGCCAUGGACUACCCCCUGCAGGGCCUGGUGACCCACACCAACUACACGGCAACCUUGCGUGGCCUUCGGGGCCCCAACUUCACCUCCCCAGCCAGCAUCACCUUCACCACAGGGUUGGAGGCGCCCCAAGACUUGGAGGCCAAGGAAGUGACCCCCCGUACAGCCCUGCUCACUUGGACGGCACCAGAAGUCUCCCCAACUGGUUACCUGCUCAGCUUCAACACCCCAGGGGGACAGACCCAGGAGAUCCUGCUCCCAGGAGGGGUCACCUCUCACCAGCUCCGCGGCCUCUUUCCCUCCACCCCCUACAGCACAUGGCUCCGGGCCAUGUGGGGCGACAGCUUCACUCCCCCCGUGUCCACCUCCUUCACCACUGGUGGACUGCAGAUCCCCUUUCCCCGGGACUGUGGGGAGGAGAUGCAGAAUGGGGUCAGCACAUCAAGGACCACCACCAUCUUCCUCAAUGGCAACCGCGAGCGACCCCUGAACGUGUUUUGUGACAUGGAGACCGAUGGGGGUGGCUGGCUGGUGUUCCAGCGCCGCAUGGAUGGAAAAACGGACUUCUGGAGGGACUGGGAGGACUACGCCCAUGGUUUUGGGAACAUCUCUGGGGAGUUCUGGCUGGGCAAUGAGGCCCUGCACAGCCUGACCAAAGCCGGCGACUACUCCUUGCGCGUGGAUCUGCGGGCUGGGGACGAGGCCGUGUUUGCCCAGUACGACUCCUUCCAAGUAGACUCGGCCGAUGAGUACUACCGCCUCCACCUGGAAGGCUACCACGGCACGGCAGGGGACUCCAUGAGCUACCACAGUGGCAGUGUCUUCUCUGCCCGGGACCGAGACCCCAACAACUUGCUCAUCUCCUGCGCUGUCUCUUACCGAGGGGCCUGGUGGUACAGGAACUGCCACUAUGCCAACCUCAACGGGCUCUAUGGGAGCACAGUGGACCACCAGGGAGUGAGCUGGUACUACUGGAAGGGCUUCGAUUUCUCCGUGCCCUUCACGGAAAUGAAGCUGAGACCGAGAAGCUACCAGCCCCCAGGCAGGGGAGGCUGA